GGAUGUUGUUAUAUGAAUGUAGGUGUUGGGCCAGUACAGUCUGCUGAGUCAGCCAGUGAGUUGGUGCUGGUAUCUUAGUCCAUCGUCUGGUGUGAACUGGUCCUGCCACCCAGGAAGACAUCAUCUCUCUUCCUGGCUGUUUUCCACCUCUCUGCCUCCCACCCUGGCCUCUCCCAGCAUCAUUUAUGGAGUGAGCAAGAGCAGGUGAAACUGUGGUUGCAAAGGCUGACUCUCGAUGACAGUGCUGUUGUAAAUCCCUGAGGAAUCACAGGUUCCAGCCUAGAGACUUCCCUGUGAUUCCCUGUUGAUUCAGAAGUCCCGGGGGCUCCACCUUCCCAUGGGUCAUGGACAGGAAUUCCCUUCAGUGAUGUGGUGCCAGAUGGCUGUUGAUCCUUUGUUCCUCUGAUGUUAAGAUGAUUUUAAAGAAACAAUUGAGCCAAGCUGUUCGGUUUAAAAGCAGAGAAAGUUCUGUCUUAUCUAAGCAUCUCUUCUACAAACUUCAAAGUUAAAUGCUAUCUACAAAUGUCAUUAGAGCAGGAUCACUCCUGUCUUCCUGGGUUUUUAAUCAGUCACAGCGUGUCUGAUGGCUUCAGUGCAGGGUGUUGCAAAAAGACUUAGAGCUUCAUGUCUCACACUAUGUGUCCCCACCCACACUUGCCUCCUCGUAGAAAGGUAGGAAUGGGAGUUGCUCAGUUUCCCAGUGUUGGGUUUUAAUUAAGUUUUUAAUUUCUCCUUUUCAACUUCUUAUUGUGGAUGUAAGAGCAGACACCUAUGCCAGAAUCCAUUUAAAUGUUACUAGUUUAAAGCCGUCACAGUGGUGGUUUUGAGUUGAACCUGUGUGUCUCAUGCUGGAAAACACCAUUGGGAAAGAAAAGGAAAAGGAGCCACGUUGGCUCAAAUUUUAAAUUCCAUAUCUUGGAGAGGUACGAGUUUGGUGCACUUGUCUGCCAGCUAGGGAAGAAAUGUUCUUUUCACGUUUGUUUGGUGGCUUUUUGUUUGGUUGGGGUUUUGUUGUUGUUGUUUAUUGUUUUGUUUUUUUAAAGCACCUUGUUUGCAAUAGCCUCUAAAAAGUUACUUGUUAGUGUCUCAUAUAAUGAUGUAGGCAGAGGGACUGGGUUUUAUUGACAGCUGUGUGUUGCUGCUCAGUAAUGAGGACAGUGGCUAGGAAAUGGAGGCAGGCUUGAAUUCCCUGCUACCCAUGUUUAUACUACUCUAGGCUUGAUUUCUGGCUGUUUUGUUGGUUUUUUUUAGUCACUGCAUACAUUUUCUGUGUAGCUGUUUAUUCUGAUUCGGAAACGGCAGCGGGCCUGCAUGUAUGAUGAGUUGUUCGGGGUUGUUUUUUGUUUUCUGCAGGAACAGCUGCCUAUUGGAAACUUGCCGCGUUUGGCAUUUGGAAGGUAUUAGACCUCUCCUCUAGUGAGCUUCGUGUUGUAAAUGUGCUGCUAUUGUGACCCUUCAGUUUUAGCUCCCCGCAGCAGUACUGUCACAAAGCAGAUUUUCUCUUCCGCAUCUUAACAAGAAAAGAUUUAAAAACAAAACCCUCUUAGAGACUUUUGUUUGCCAUUCCCUGGAGGAAUUGCUGUAUCUGGGGCAGCAGGAAGCAGUGCCUUUUGCAGUAUGCUUUAGAGACACUUUAUUAGCGUACUAGCUCCCGUGAAAUCUACAGCUUCAGUAAUGGAUCUAGAGCUGUAGGGUAAAAGAACAGCCCAGAAAGGGACUCGCGUGCAAAACGGUUAAUGUUUCUGCUGCUGGAAGGCUGACAAGUCAAACUUGAAGUGUGCAGAGGAUCAGGGAUACAAGUACAAAAGGAUUUCACUAACAGCGUGAAUGACAGAGGAGGUGCCCCCGUCUGCGCUUACGGACGUAAACUUGCGUCUUCUCUGCCACGAUGACAUAGACACAGUGAAACAGCUCUGUGGCGACUGGUUCCCAAUAGAGUACCCUGACUCAUGGUACCGAGAUAUCACUUCCAACAAGAAGUUCUUUUCCCUCGCAGCCACAUACAGAGGCUCCAUCGUGGGCAUGAUAGUGGCAGAGAUCAAGAGCAGGACGAAGGUGCACAAGGAGGAUGGAGACAUCCUAGCUUCCAGUUUUCCUGUGGACACUCAAGUUGCUUACAUCCUAAGCCUUGGAGUGGUGAAAGAGUUCAGAAAACACGGAAUAGGUUCGCUCUUGCUUGAGAGUUUAAAAGACCAUAUAUCAACGACUGCCCAAGAUCACUGCAAAGCCAUCUACCUGCAUGUCCUCACCACUAACAACACAGCAAUAAACUUCUAUGAAAACAGAGACUUUAAACAGCACCACUAUCUUCCCUAUUAUUAUUCCAUCAGAGGGGUCCUCAAAGAUGGUUUUACGUAUGUCCUGUACAUCAACGGUGGACAUCCACCCUGGACAAUCUUUGAUUACCUACAGCACAUUGGAUCAACACUAGCCAGCCUGAGCCCGUGUUCCAUUCCCCAGAGGAUAUACCGACAAGCCCAGAGCCUCCUCUGCAGCCUCCUGCCCUGGUCUGGCAUUUCUGCCAAGAGUGGCAUUGAGUAUAGCCGGACGAUGUGACUGCAUCGGAAGAUGUAUAAAUAAAGCAAAGGUAGGUACCUGGUGGGGGAAGCUCCUUUCUCUGCCCCAGGCCAGCAGUGACACAGUGGUGAUGUGACAUGGUGGCGAUGCUCCACAGCCACUAUCCUGGCGCAGCUGAGAGCAUGCCGGAGCGAGACUGCUGAAACCGCAGCUCUGCCGCUGGGCAAGCUACCGUAUCCCUGGGGCACUGCUGUGCUCCGGUCUCCGGCUGGUAGCCAAACUCCCGUUGGUUCCGUUUGAAGGGAAUUUGAACUCUGAUCUUGUUUACUUGAGCCCAGAGCUUGACAGCAGGUGGAACCUAUUCCUGCUGUCUCCACUUUUCCCAGCUCUGUUAGACCAGCUCACAGGACCCAGAGUGAAUGAGUCCUCACUCUUCCCCAGCUCAGCGUCCCAGCACAGGAAUUGACAGCCCAUUUGCUGCCAGUUCCAUUGCAGGUGUCUGACAACAAGCUCUUCAGGACGGUGGCUCCCCAGUACGCUUGAAGAGACCCCUAACACCUGGUUUCCCUAAAGCUCUCUUUGUCUUCCUUCCAUCUCCUGCACCAUCCGGCUCUGCGCUGACUCCAGUGAUGACGGCUCUCGGGCCCUGACCCAGCCCCUGGACUGGACUUCUUGUCCCACAGGUUGACCGAGAUUUGGCAAACUUCACACUUGACGGGCCAUGGCCCCAACUUCCCCCUGUGGCUGGGAGCCUGCGAGUGCUGCCUGGGCAGGCCCGGCCGGCGUGCGAGGCACCUGGCUGUGCAGUAGCUGAGGGCCCUUUACGUCACCGGCCUGUGUGCAUGUUGCACUGUCCCCUCCACUUCCUUACCUCGGGUUUGCUCCUGUUGGCACACGUGAUGCAGAGGGGUUCAGUUGUUGCUUCCACACCACGGCUACUGAAGGCAGCAUGAAUGAGGUUAACGAAUCUGCGCUGACCGAUCAUGUAAAUGAGCUGUAAGUGCCCUGGCAGUCUGCUGCUGGCAGGAUAUACAGUCAGGCCCUUGUUGCCAGGGAAGAGGGGAGCUGGGCGAGGAGAAGCGGGGACCAGGUCUGGGUCCUGCCACGUCAGCUGCUGCCUGUGGGUAACUUCAGAGAGGGGAACUGCUGCAUGGGAAACCACCCAGCCCCACCAGCCCUCUGGAGUGACUUAAAAAGAAGUAUCUAAUUCAGGAUGCAUGGAGUAGAAGGCAGGGAAUGAAAUUGCUAUUUCAUAGUGAAAUAUAUAUAUUAUACUGUAUAGAUCUUUCUGCCUUUGUUCAAGUUGGAGCGUAGCAGGUGAGGGGAGCUGGGGGUGUAGAGAUGCUGCUGUGGAGUCUGGUCCAGAGCCUGUCUCCCCUGCAGGCACCGUCCUGUGGCACGGGGGCUGGAUCUUGCAGGAUCCUUAGGGAUGCGCUCUCCGCACAGACCGCUCCUGGCCUGGCUGCGGGACCCUGGUGCUCUGCCAGCCUGGGGCUGCAGCUCCGCUCACACAGGUAAUGUCACUGUGCCUGUGUGCCACAGCCAGGCCAGGCCGCUCCUGCGCCUCGGGGGAAGGAUGGGUUUGCCAACUUUGCCUUUAAGGUGGGAGUCUGUGCAGCUCACCCAGCCUGGGCAUGCGUUGGAGGUGCCGGUGUCCCUGUGUGCUGUUGGUGUCCUUGGUGAAUCCCCCUUCCCUGGCUGAGGCUCUUUCCCUGCUCAGCACCACGUUCCGCAUUCCCCUCUCAUUUUGGAACCUCAUUUUGGAACUGGGACUUGAGCAAAGGAGGGCUGUGCUGCAGCUGGCGAAUGGCCUGUACGUGCAGGCCGCACCAGUGUGGGUAGGGCAGGGGAUGGGACAGUACAGGGCAGGCUUAGACUUGGAGGAGAAAGAGAGCAGAGCAAGAUCUUGCAGCCCAGCUGACUGUACGGAGUCAUGUCGAUGUCCGUAAGCCCCUGAGGUGGGAGUUUGUUAACAAAAGGUGCUCCAGCCGCAGGGGCUGGCACAGCCCGUGUUCUGGGGGCUUGAACAGGUCUGGCUCAAACAAUUCAACACCAAGACCUUCAAGCCUCCAGAAUGUUGCAGGAGACAGGCAGCCACCCCCUUUCCAGACUUAUUCAUGUCACCACUUCUUGGUUUUGUGUGGUGGGUUUUUUUGGUUGGGUUUUUUUCUGUUUUGUUUGGUUUUUGUUUUUUUUUUUUUUUUUUUUACUUAUUCAGUUUUUACUUAAACACAUCUAUUGGUUUAUCUGAGUUUAACUCCUGCCCCUGGUUUUCCUUGGCACUUGCUUAUUCUGGACCAGACUGAAUCUUUCUUUCUCUCCCGAUUGCCUGGGACUGAUGUUUCCCCCAUGACUCUUCUAUCCUGCCCCUGCACAACCCAACUCCACAGCUGCAGCACUAGAGCUCAUCCCAAGGGGAGCUGUGGCUGGUCUGUGUCCUCCCGCCACCCUGUCCUCUGGGGUGUCAGCCACGUGCCCGCCUCACAGCCCGUUAUUUAUUGAACAGCAUUAUGCUGCCACUAUCAGCCUCUCUCUAAACAUCUUCAAUUAAACCAAACCUCUUUUCUGA